AAAAGUCCUCAGAACCGAUUGGUCAGUAUUAGCUCCUAUUAGUAUUCAUAGACUGACUUAUUAGAUUUAUUUAACCUAAUUAGAAGAAUACAGUGCAGUUUUACAUUAGUUAUCUGCCGUUCUCAUCGUUGUGGACUAUGGACUUUGCCUAGGUACAUAAUGAAACUCUUAAUUUGUACAACACUUGGGCCAGCUUUCAAACAUUCUUCAAGAGUGAUCCUGUCCUUCAAGGUGUUUUGGUAUUUGCCCUGUCAGCGAUGGCGUCAAUGUCUCUAAAUACAAUAAAACAGAUAAUGAGAGCGAUGGCGGACAGUCCUGGAUUUGACCGGGUUUUAAGUAAGGUGGAGGUGUUGUCUGCAGCCCCCGGGAAAGUGGUGUGUGAACUGAAGGUGGAGGAGGAGCACACUAACAAAGGAGGCACUCUUCACGGAGGACUGACAGCCACCCUGGUGGAUAUGAUCUCCACCACCGCCAUCAUGUACAGCGAGAGAGGAGCUCCAGGGGUCAGCGUGGACAUGAACAUCACAUACAUGAAUGCAGCUAAAAUUGGAGAGGAUGUCUUGAUAACAGCUCAGGUUUUGAAACAAGGACGGACUUUGGCAUUUGCAACAGUAGAUCUCACCAACAAGGCGAACGGAAAGCUCAUUGCUCAGGGAAGACACACUAAACACCUCGGUAGCUGAUUAUGUACAUGCCGUGUAACUGACAUGAAACAUGUUCUUUGUAACAUUAAUAAACUCCAUUUGCUCGGA